GAGGAAAGAGGAAAGAAGAAAGGACCGAACAUUGUAAGGCGGCGAAAGGUUAAAACACUGUUUGUUUGUUCAUAUUUCCCCGCGUUUUUCACCUCUCCUUCGCUCAUUUACGCCUUCGAUUUUCUCAAUCUCUUCAUCCAUUCUUGUCGAAAUCAUCUCUAUUGCUAAAGAAGGAACCCCGAUUGAAUUCAAUAUGCAUGCCGUGGUUUUGAAUUCCUCCCCUUGCGCCAGAGCUCCGCAAACCCUUGGAACUCCUUGUUUACGUAGCUUCAAGAUUUCGACCUUAUUAUUUGCCCACUGCAGUCCUCUUUGGAGGAGAUCAUCUCGUUCCCUUCGUAAUCGAUUGCUGUCUAACUCACGUAGCCAAGUUAUUAGAGCUGUUGCAACUCCCGAUUCGGCACUGGAAUUGCCACUGACGGCAGAAAAUGUUGAAAGUGUGUUGGAUGAGGUUCGACCGUAUCUUAUUGCAGAUGGUGGAAAUGUAGCAUUACAUGAAAUAGAUGGAAAUGUUGUACGGUUGAAGCUACAAGGAGCAUGCGGCUCAUGUCCGAGUUCUGUUAUGACCAUGAAGAUGGGAAUUGAACGGCGUUUGAUGGAGAAGAUCCCUGAAAUAGUUGCAGUGGAACCAGUAGCGGAUGAAGAAACUGGAUUGGAGCUCAACGAGGAAAAUAUAGAGAAGGUACUGGAAGAGAUAAGACCUUACCUUGUUGGGGCGGCGGGAGGGUCUCUUGAACUUGUGGGUAUCGAGGAGCCAAUAGUUAAGGUUAGGAUCACAGGGCCGGCCGCUGGGGUCAUGACAGUUCGUGUGGCUGUUACACAGAAAUUAAGAGAGAAGAUACCAGUGAUUGCGGCAGUUCAACUUUUGUCAUAAUGAAUUUACAGAACACAAUUGUAAUGAGGGAUUGUAUUGUGUAUAGUUCUUCAUUAUUCUGCUCUUCAUAACAAUAGAAUAUGUGUAUAAUGGUUGCAUUGAGGUUUCUUGUCUGUUGUUGGUGCUGUAUUUAUGUAAGAAGGUAGCCUCAUGUAACUUUUUAUAUGAUUUUCAAGGGAAGGCACAAAUAAUUUCAAUUACAAUGAAUGAAUUAGCUUUAGCUUCUGUUUA